AUGUGUUAUAUACCCCGUGGAACUUUGCACAGCAGGAUAAAUGAGAAUAAAGGCAAGCAGAAGAUGGCUACAAAGAUUACGGCCACAACAAACACCCAAAGAAAAACAAUAGGUCAUGAGGAGUACAGUCUGUACAGUAGCAUGAGUGAAGACGAGCUUAUUCAACUGGCCAUAGAACAGAGCCUGACAGAGGAUCCCUCAGGUCAGUCAGCUGCCCAGAGUCAUCAGAAAUCAGUCAUGACAGCCCCAGGAGAGCCACCUACGUUGACGCGUCCUUGCUCUCAUAAUCCACCACACCAGAUCAAUCCUUGGCACAGGUUGGCAGCCCAGUCCGGAGGCCAAGCUCCAGGGUCAUCUUGGGGGGUCAGACGAAGGUACGAUGGCAGCCUGUUCAUCACCCCCCAGCCUGUAGAGCUGGAUCCUGUAGUGGAAGCAAUCAAGGAAGGAGAUGAAAGUGCCCUGCUCAAUAUGAUGAAAUCAGGGAAGAACCUUUCCGAACCUAAUAAGGAUGGAUGGAUACCACUGCACGAAGCUGCCUACUAUGGCCAAGUAGGCUGCCUGAAAGUGUUGCAAAGAGCAUACCCUGGAACCACUGAUCAGCGUACGCUUCAGGAAGAGACAGCGCUGUACAUAGCAACAAGCAGGGGAAACCUGGACUGUCUACUUUCUUUGCUGCAAGCCGGGGCUGAACCUGAUAUUACAAACAAGUCCAGGGAGACUCCACUCUAUAAAGCCUGUGAACGCAAAAACAUCGAAGCUGUAAGGAUGCUGGUGCAGUACAAUGCCGAUGCAAACCACCGGUGCAAUCGGGGAUGGACUGCUCUCCAUGAGGCCGUUUCUCGGAAUGACAUAGAAAUAAUUGAUAUCCUGAUCAAAGGGGGAGCCAAGAUUGAAAGCAAGAACACUUAUGGGAUCACCUCUUUAUUUGUGGCUGCCGAGGGUGGGCAGUUAGAUGCUUUGCGAUACCUUGCCAAGUGUGGGGCUGAUAUCAACACCCAAGCCAGCGAUAGUGCCUCUGCUCUUUAUGAAGCCUGUAAAAAUGGACAUGAAAAGGUGGUGGAGUUUCUCUUGUCCCAAGGUGCAGAUGCUAACAAAACCAAUAAGGAUGGUUUAUUACCUCUUCAUAUAGCAUCCAAAAAAGGCAAUUAUGAGAUAGUCAAAAUGCUGCUCCCCGUGACCAGCCGCACUCGGGUCAAGCGCAGCGGCAUCAGUCCGCUCCAUCUUGCGGCUGAGCGCAACAACAACGACAUCUUGGAAGAGCUAAUUGAGGCCGGCUAUGAUGUGAACACCACCCUCUCCUUUGAGAGAGCCCGGCUCUACGAGGACAGGCGCAGCACCGUCCUCUACUUCGCCGUCAUUAACAAUAACAUCUACGCCACAGAGCUGCUGCUGCAAGCCGGCGCCAACCCCAACAUCGAUCUUAUCAACCCCCUGCUAAUCUCCAUUCGCCACGGUUGCCUGAAAACCAUGAAGCUGCUUCUAGACCACGGGGCGAAUAUUGAUGCGUACAUUUCUAGCCAUCCCACUACUUUCCCAGCCACCAUCAUGUUUUCAAUGAAGUACCUCAGUCUGCUCAAAUUUCUAAUGGAUCUGGGCUGUGACGCCGACUCCUGUUUUAAGUGUCAGUACGGAAAUGGCCCACAUCCUGUGCUGGAUCAUAGAAGGGACAGAUUGGAUGAUACCCCGGUGAACAAACAGCCAAACAUAGUACAGUUUUGUGAUAUGGUGUCUGCUCCGGAGAUGAAUCGCUGGGCCGGGCCUAUUAUCGAUGUUCUCCUGGAUUAUGUGGGCAAUGUGCAGCUCUGUGCCCGGCUAAAGGAGCACAUAGACAGCUACGAGGACUGGGCAGUUGUUAAAGAGAAAGCAGAGCCCCCCAGGCCUCUUGCUCACCUUUGCCGGAUCAAGGUUCGAAACGUGAUUGGGAGAAACCGCAUUAAACUGAUUGACACUUUGCCUCUGCCGGGCAGACUGAUUCGAUACCUACAGUAUGAUUAUUCACAGUGA